AUGGAAAUGUCUCUUCUCCGUCCGGCGACGACGCAGCCAUUUCUGUCGUCAUUCUCCAAAUUCCAGCCAACUCAUCGAUCGCGUAAUUACAAGUCUAUUAAGUUCCGUUUUACUGUAGCCGGUGGAUCGGCCGUCGGAUCUUCUAGAAUCGAAGGCGGAGGUACUACAAUCACGGCGGAUUGUGUGAUCGUCGGUGGAGGAAUUAGCGGUCUGUGCAUCGCUCAAGCUCUUUCCACGAAACACCCAGACGCUGCUCCUAAUGUGAUAGUGACGGAGGCGAAGGAUCGUGUCGGAGGCAAUAUCAUCACACGCGAGGAGAAAGGGUUUCUAUGGGAAGAAGGUCCUAAUAGUUUUCAGCCAUCUGAUCCUAUGCUCACUAUGGUGGUAGAUAGUGGUUUGAAGGAUGAGUUAGUCUUGGGAGAUCCUAAUGCACCGAGGUUUGUGUUGUGGAAUGGGAAAUUGAGGCCGGUUCCGUCGAAGCUAACCGACUUGCCGUUCUUUGAUUUGAUGAGCAUUGGAGGGAAGAUUAGAGCUGGGCUUGGUGCUCUUGGCAUUCGACCACCACCUCCAGGUCGUGAGGAAUCUGUGGAAGAGUUUGUAAGGCGUAACCUUGGUGAUGAGGUUUUUGAGCGCUUGAUUGAACCAUUUUGUUCAGGUGUUUAUGCGGGUGAUCCUUCAAAACUGAGUAUGAAAGCAGCUUUUGGGAAGGUUUGGAAACUAGAGGAGAAUGGUGGCAGUAUCAUAGGUGGUACUUUUAAGGCAAUCCAAGAGAGAAAUAAAGCUCCCAAGACAACCAGAGACCCGCGCUUGCCAAAGCCAAAGGGACAAACAGUUGGUUCUUUUAGGAAAGGGCUCACAAUGUUACCAGAGGCAAUCUCUGCAAGGUUGGGUAGCAAAGUUAAGGUGUCUUGGAAGCUCUCGAGUAUUACUAAACUGGAUAGCGGAGGAUACAACUUGACUUAUGAGACUCCAGAAGGGAUAGUAUCCGUACAGAGCAAAAGUGUAGUGAUGACUGUGCCAUCUCAUGUUGCUAGUAGUCUCUUGCGCCCUCUUUCAGAUACUGCAGCAGAAGCACUCUCAAAGCUCUACUAUCCGCCAGUUGCAGCAGUAUCUACCUCCUACCCGAAAGAAGCAAAUCCGAAACGAAUGCUUAAUAGAUGGCGAACUAAAAGGGUUUGGCCAGUUGCAUCCACGCACACAAGGAGAACAAUAUACAGUUCUUCGCUUUUCCCUAACCGAGCACCACCUGGGAGAGUGUUGCUAUUGAACUACAUCGGUGGAGCUACCAACACCGGGAUUUUAUCAAAGUCAGAAGGUGAGUUAGUGGAAGCAGUGGAUCGUGACUUGAGGAAGAUGCUAAUAAAGCCAAGUUCGACCGAUCCGCUUGUGCUUGGAGUAAGAGUAUGGCCUCAAGCAAUUCCUCAGUUUCUGAUAGGUCACAUCGAUUUGGUAGACGCAGCGAAAGCCUCUCUCUCAUCGUCUGGUCAUGACGGGAUAUUCUUGGGUGGAAAUUACGUUGCUGGUGUAGCAUUGGGUCGGUGUGUGGAAGGUGCUUAUGAAACUGCAACCGAAGUUAACAAUUUCAUGUCGAGGUACGCUUACAAGUAA